UCGGUAAAACGUAUAAAAAACAAAGAUAAUAUUGCUGUCAUAAAUAGCAGACAGUACAUUGUGUGUGUAUGCUGUUAAUGCAGUGCUGAUUACUGCAGAGAUAUACAUUAAAUCCUGUGUAACAUUUAUUUGUGGAGAUGCAUUGACUGUAGCCUCCACUCCGGCCCUGUAGGCGGCGGUAAAGCGCAUUAAACACAUUCCAGGAGCCAAUUAACAUAAAGGGAGGGAAAACAGUGCAGUCGGAGCUGAGCGGGGGAGGCGAGGAGGAAUGAGGGUUGACCGCAUUUUUCAGACCAUAAUCUCGGUUGACUUGAGAAAGGACAGCAACAAGACAACGCUCAUAAAAAACAAGUCAGCAGUUAUCCUUUGUAUCCGGCUGUGACACCCGCCUGACCUGGUAUGAAACAUGACCAUAAUCCUGCGAAUGCAAGGCCUCGAUGUGAAGGCAGGUACUGAAGAUAUACGGACUUUCUUUGAAUGCCUUCACAUACCCGACGGUGGAGUGUACAUAGUGGGAGGAAGUCUCAGAGAAGCUUUCAUUGCAUUCACCACUGAGAAAGAUGCCCAGCUUGCCAUGCGCUUCACUGGCAAUUUUCUCAAAGGGUCAAUGGUGACUCUGCACAUAAGCAGCAUGGACGAGCUGGAGCAAAAAUUAAAGUCCAUGUUAAAGAGAAAGAAACCCUCCCCCACGCAGCUCACUGCCAAGAGACCCCAUCUAUCUCCAGAUGCAAAUCCGCUACCUUUAAAUGGAUUGUCUCAAACUCCAAAUACUUCUAGUCAAUCACCUACUGGAAGGACGACUAAUCCCAACACUGAAAACCUUCCUCAUCCAGAAACGUCAAACCCACAAGAUUCAAAUGCAAUUGAUUCCAGUACUGCUUUUCUUCUCGGGAUUUGUACGAUACUUCAAGGUCUCCAGUCGUCCCAACAAACAGAAAACAAUGAAGCAGUGCCAAGAGUUGGUUUCCCUGAGACUGAAAGCACAGUUGUGUCUGAUCAAGUGUGGAGACCAGAGCAAACUCUGAACUCAAAACCAGGCUACGUCAGGCUCUUCGGUCUGCCAGCUUCUGCUACAAAAGAGGUCAUCAGCCGUUUUUUCAGAGGGUUGACGGUACAGGAAGUCAUAGUGAAUGUGAAGUUGGGACUUGGCCACGCUUGCCUUGUGAAGUUCGCAAGCGAGCAGGAUGCAUGCAAAGCUCUUCUCUUCAACCAACAGUCACUGGGUCCCAUCAGUGUGGAGGUACGUGGAGGCACUGAGAAGAUGUGGACCGGUGCACUGGAAGAAUGUGAGACUGCUUUGGGUGUUGGGGACAGAGUGAAACCCAGGCAAAGCCCUCUUAGGGAAACUGCCAACCACAAACACAAAUCCACGUCUGCACCGUGGCUCAAGAGACAUCAUGGCAACCGCCGGUCAUUUAAAUCGCCCAAAAAGCCAAGAUCUGACGGUGACUCCACUGCUGCCUUAUCAUCAACUGUGGACUACACGGUCAUGGUCAGUAAUCUACCCAAAACAAUGACAAAGACUGAAAUAAAAGAAUUGCUUGGAUGUCCAAACAUUGCACACAAAAAUGUACUACAUCUGCUUGACAAGGAAGGCAACCGAACAGACACAGCAUUUCUUUUUUUUAACCGCGUUGAGGAUUUUGACUAUGCAAUGAAUCUCAAUGGCUGCCACGUGGGCUCUGAUGCCAUUGAAGUCUCAUCAAUAACAAAGAAGAUGAUGAGGGACAUGAUGGCCAAAGCCCAUCCUAAGAAUCUUUUUCCAGACGCAAUGAAGAAACCAAGUCGAAAAAGAAAAUCAGGACCAGAUGAGUCAUUGGUAGCACAGAGGAAGAACAUGGACCCAGCAGCUCAGACAUACCUGUUUGUCAGCAACAUGCCCGCAAAUGUACAGAAAAACCAAAUUAAAAGCCUUUUCCGCAGAUUCGGACUUAAAAAACACAGUAUCACCUUACUGCUUGACGCUGACGGCAAGGGUAUUGGUGAGGCUGUGGUUCACUUUAAAUCACAGAAGGUCGCUGCACUGGCUCAAAGGCUCCAUGGUCAGGACUUCCUGGGGGCUAAAGUGCUUCUUACCUGCAUAAAUGUGAAGCAGAUGGAGGACAUCUUGGCAAGAAAUGUUUGAAUGCAGACACCGAAGCCAAAGACUGAUUCUGAGAUCUUUAUUUUCCAAUCAAUUUUGUCUUCCUACUGUACUUACUCAGUUAUUUAAUGUUUUCAUCAUACUCAAUAAUCAUACACUUCCUCUGUAAAUGCUCUGUACAUUUAAAAAUAAAUUUUAUUUUUUACUCUGAUCUAUGGCCCAUUUAUUAAACCAAGAGAGCUUCCAAGUGAAAAUCCGCAGUGAUCUGACGGUGUAUGGCUACAUCUCUGAACAGGAUUCACUUAGAAACUGCUGGGAGCUUUUUAUGUCGGAAUCAACCUCAACUGUACAGCCAGGAGGAAAUGUAUAGAUAUGUUUUACACCGUAAUCAUGGGAUGCUUCAAGUUAUUUGAUGCAUUCACUGAAAGUUGAAAGUGUCUCGGAACAGUUCUGGGACUGCAUUCAGAACCUAUUGGGGCAUCCUCCAUUAUUGUCUAUGUAGCAUAAGAACUGAAGAACAUGUUCUAAAGAAGGAAGUUGCAGUCACAUUCGGAUUGAACGAUUUCAGGUUCUAACACACACACACACAAACACACACACAAAUGUUUCUCUAUAACUUUUAAUAAAAUUGGACCUUGGGAAACUCACAGUGGCCACACACUUAUGAUCAGUUAAACAUGCACGUGAUUUUGUGUAAAACUUUCCAAGUCAAAGACAU